AUGGGGCAGCACCGCACGUUUUCCAUCCACCACACUGGUCCUCCCACCGACACCACCAACCACAACCAAGCAGGUGGUCAUCCGCAGUACAACAUGGAGACCGCAUCCGCACCCCAGCAGCAAGGCUUCUUCUACCAUGAUCCACGCCAGGCGCAACCACCGCCAAGCCUCGACAUGACCCCGCCUUUCGCGCAGGCUCGUCCGGAUCAGUCCUACACCAACCCCGCCGUCAAGCUCGAAUCAGAGAUGCAUCCGGGCCCAUCUACUCCCUACUUGGCUCGCGCACCACCACAGCCCUCCUUGCCAUAUCGAGAUCCCGUCUACAACGAUAGCCGUCACUUUGCCUUUGCAUCCCAUCCACACGAGCAGUCGCGCCCACCCUACCCGGAGGCUCCCAUUCCACCACAGGCGGCCUACACGCCCGAGCCAAGCUAUGUUCCCUACCCGCCGCACUCAUCCAGCACGGCCAGCAACUCCAUGACUGCCACCAGCAACGGCCACCCAGCUACCAUCGCAGCCAACAGUGCAGAUCGCACCGCACUUGCUGCUUCAGACGAACAGCACGGACCUCGCGGCAAGCGUGCGCGCAAAGAGUCACCCACUCAUGACAGCCGAGCCGCCGGCCCGCCCUCCACGCAGGCAGACGCUGAUGCGGAUGAUGCCAGCGGGCAAAAGUCAGAAUCGAGUGGCAACGUCACCAUGUUCCAAUGCCGAGGUUUUGGCGACUGUCGCAUGGUCUUCACAAGAAGCGAACAUCUCGCUCGCCAUGUCCGUAAACACACAGGAGAACGACCAUUCCGAUGCCAUUGCGGCAAAGCCUUUUCGCGCCUCGACAACCUCCGACAGCACGCACAAACCGUCCACGCCGACACACCCGAUCGCAACGAGAUUAUGAUGCAGGAGCUUUCAUCGCUUCAUGCAUCGCUCGCGCAGUCCGCCGCUCAGACUCAGCACGCACAUGCGCAGGUGUUGGGCAAGAGUAGCUCACCGGGCGCUUUGAUCGCUAGCCACAAUCACACGGGCCGGAGAGGCAAAGGUGGCGGCAAGGCCACUGCUUCCACCAGGGCUGCACGCACUGGCGCCAACGAUCGCUCCGGGUCGCCGACCAUGCCCGACCAGCAUCCCUCCAAUGCGCCCGAGCCCAUUGCCCACGAUGUGUACGUUCCGAACGCUGCAUAUCCUGGUACUUUUGAAGGCACCAAUUCGACAGCCUCCUUCACAGCACCGGCUGCUGCCGCUUCGUUGCCCGCAUGGCCGGGCCAAGGUCCUCCUUAUGCCCAACAAGCUCCAGAUCAAACGCAUUUGGGCCCAUCCGCUCAAUUUCAGACCGCGGCUCAGCCGUUCGAUAUCCCUCCGCACAUCGCUCAGCAUCAAGCGCCAUACUUUGCGCCCGACGUCGGCGCGACUGAUUACGGAGCUCCUCCACCAUCUUUUCACGCCGAAGGCGUGCGAGACGGCCAUCCAGACCGUUAUGCUGCCUCGUUUGAACCGUAUGGCCGAUCUGCCCCGGAUGUGGCAAGAAGGCGAGCAUCGGGCCAGUUGUCAGGGGCUAUGGGCCAGGCGCAGGUUUGGCGACCGACGGGGCCACCUCUGGAGACGGCCCUCGCAGGCAGCCAAUACAUGAGCUCCGAAGCCGAGAUCGCAGACAGCGCCGCUCAGGGUCCUGCCUUCUCCAACCCUUUCUGGAGAGGCUCGAACGCAGGCUUUCUUCCUCCCAACGAUGACGGGUUUGCACCGCAUCAGCACGGCAGCUUGCGCGAGGUGGAUCAGAGAUCGCACUUUGAAUCGACGCUUUCGGCACACUUGCACAUGCGUACGCCGACGUUGGCCAAGCGCGCGCGGGCCAGCAGCCCGCCUCCGUCGCGCGGCAGCUUCCGUGGAUCUUUCGAUGCAGGCUCUUCCAUGCUUCUGCCACCUCCUGGAAGCGCACACGGAAGACCGCCGGGUAGCGCACAAGGCGGUCGCCCUUCAACAUCGCACAACCGACCCGUGUUGCCUCCACUGUCGUCCAUCACGCCGAGCGCAAGCCGACCAGGCACGGCUGCAGCGCUCAGCGCAAGUCGCCCUGGCUCCAUGGCCACACAACGACUUCCGAGCAUCGACCAACAGCUUUUCGCCACCUCUGCAGAGCUCGAUCGAGACGAAGAGGCCAAGAACGGUAGCAACUUCCGCCCCUACACCAGCCCAGCGGGCGCCAACCCUGCAGACGCCACGCAAGCAUCCAAGCCGUUCCUCCCGCCGUCGUCAUUGCGAUCGUCACGACCUUCGUUCAGCCAGCGCGGCGAGACACGGCUGCCCACGGCUUCUGAGCUAUCCGACCGUCCUAACACCACGUCUACUGCUUGGAACAACGAGCGUCGACCGCUCACUUCGGGAUCCUCCAUGGUUGGCAAACCGCGUGGCUCGACUCAGGCCAUUGGCGAUGACCUUCCGCCCCUUUCAUCGACCUUGGCGCAGCUGGAUGAACGCCGUGAGUCGCGAGCUUCAACUGCACGCCGAGGCUCAGCGUACGAGCUGUCGAGCUCGCUGAUCGACCGACCAAGGCUUAGCUCUUCCUAUGGCGCGCGGGAAGCCGAUGUGCCGAGGUUGCAGACAGACAGCUCCGAUCUUCGCACCAGUCCAACGACCAAUGCUUCGCCAUUCAUGUUCCAGCCUCCGCCGUUGCCGCGCGAAAGCAGUGCGACGUCGUUGCGACCUUCGAUUGAUCGGCACGGUAGCGCACUCGGGUCGGACUGGCGCAGGCCAAGCUCAAGCACGGCUCCGGACGCGCACGUCAUCUCGCGCAGAUUGGGCUCGAGUAGCGGAGCAGCGCUGCCAUUUGGUGUACGCGACGAGGGGAACAGCUCUCGUCCAGGAUCGAGCAGCGGUCCUCCGCUUGGUGCACGUGAACUGACGCUGCCACCGUUGAAGUCGUCCCAUGGUCCGAGCCGACCUGGCUCUAGCUCGAUCGCCGCGCUGCUGCAGGGAGAGGGCGGCACAGGAGGUAGUCGAAGAUCGAGCGCCUGGUCGCGACCUCUGACGUCUGGCGAUGCUCCUGCGCCCACGUUCGGCAGCAACGGAUACGGCCGCCUUCCGUCAUCGCGCGAUGGUGCGUCGAGUGAUGGCGAGGACGAGCAUUCGGAGCGUCGUCGCUCUCUGAGGCAUGAACAGAGCGGCUCGACGCGAGAAGAGCUGAUGCGAAGACCGUCGACGUCGGCAGGCGCUGGCUCGACUCGGUUCGCGCCAAGCUUUGACGAGCGCAACGGCUCCACGAGCCCUAAGAGCUCACAAAGGCGGGACUCCUGA